UAUCAUCGCGUGAAUACGGAUCUAGAGUUUGGUGGAACAAACCUGCGCAGAGUUUUUCGCUUCUCAACCCCCCCUGAAGCCAUUGUCGUCGUUUGCGGAAAAGAAAACCGAGUACAAGAAACGGGAAACGAUUCUUCGCAUUUUGAUCGCGAAAAUGAAAUUCCAGUACAAGGAAGAACAUCCCUUCGAAAAGCGGAAGGCCGAGGGCGACAAAAUUCGUCGCAAAUACCCGGACCGUGUGCCCGUUAUUGUCGAGAAGGCGCCAAAAGCCCGGAUCGAUGAUCUCGACAAGAAAAAGUAUCUCGUGCCAUCGGAUCUGACCGUCGGUCAGUUUUACUUCCUCAUCCGUAAGCGAAUCCAUUUGCGCCCAGAGGACGCACUAUUUUUCUUCGUCAACAACGUGAUUCCACCGACGUCGGCCACCAUGGGUUCACUGUACCACGAGCAUCACGAGGAGGAUUUUUUCCUGUACAUCGCCUACUCGGACGAAAAUGUUUACGGCAGCAACUGAGCCUGAGAUGAGAUGUAAUAUGAUAUAUGUGUUGCAAUCGAACUAAUUAACAAACAACAAUGUAUGAAAACACUAAGACUUGUGGUGAUAUGAAAAAUUGACAAAAAAAACUUGCUGCUAGAGUAUCUUUCAAGGGAAGGGGUAAUCUCUCUUCAGUCAACCCAUUCCUUUGCGGCCUGAAUCAGGGCAUCCUUCGACUCUUGAGUUCGUUGAUACUACUGCUUCUGCUGCUAUCUUUCCUUUUGUUCGGUACGCACCUCUUCUGAAUUUGAGGUGGGAAAAGCUUUAGUUCUCCCAGCCGAGCAGCUCCUUCGAUUUCUUUAUCCCUCCUUCCGUUCCUUCGGAUCUUAUCCUUUAAGGAACAUUACACUUUCUCCCGUUUCCUGUGUUUAUUACUGGUACGAGUAUAGUUACUUUUGAACUAGCUGUAUUCAAAACAUGUAUUUUAUUUAAAGCAAAACUAAGAAAAAAAAUGUAUAAGUAGGAUUAAUGGAAAAAUAAAAAAACACUACAAAAACCCUA